ACAGUUCCUGAUUAUUUCCAGUGAUUGAUGAAAACAUUUUGCUGAAUCAAUAAGACUUUUAUUAUAUAGGUUAAGUGUAUGAGAAAUCAUCAUGAGGAUACUUCAGAAGUUAACAAGGAAGAAGUUUAUAGCAGCGGAUUCUGUACAUCAAACAAAGCUCGCUAGAUGUCUUAACACUCUAGAUCUUACUGCUCUAGGUAUAGGAAGCACAUUAGGAGCUGGUAUCUAUGUUGUAGCUGGACAGGUUGCCAAGCAAACAUCCGGUCCUUCUGUGUUUGUCUCCUUUCUGAUUGCCGCAUUAGCUUCAAUACUUGCCGGACUGUGUUAUGCUGAAUUCGGUGCACGUGUACCAAAGACUGGAUCAGCAUAUGUGUACAGCUAUGUUACUAUAGGAGAACUUAUGGCAUUUGUGAUUGGUUGGAACCUGAUACUUGAAUAUGUUAUUGGAACAGCAAGUGUAGCUCGAGCAUGGAGUUCCUAUUUCGACUCCCUGGUCAAUAACACCAUACAGACGUAUUUCCGUGACAACGUUCCUAUGGACAUAUCUGGCCUUUCACCAUAUCCUGAUUUCUUUGCCUUUGGAAUAACUCUUUUUUUAUCAAUGAUUUUAGCAGUGGGGGUAAAGGAGUCGUCUAGAUUCAACAAUCUUUUUACAGCAGUAAAUCUCUUGGUGGUUACAUAUAUAGUUGUUUGUGGGGCAUUUAAGGCAGAUGUUGACAACUGGCACAUCAACCCUGAUGAGGUUGUAGGGUUAAAUUCUACAGAUAUAGGAGAUGGUGGUUUUCUACCAUUUGGCUUUUCUGGGAUGUUGUCAGGAGCAGCCACAUGUUUUUAUGCCUUUGUUGGAUUUGAUGCCAUAGCUACAACAGGGGAGGAGGUGAAGAAUCCACAGAAAGCUAUACCAAUAAGUAUUGUUGUGUCUUUAUUUGCCUGCUUCUUCGCUUACUCUGGUAUAUCUAUUGUUAUAACACUGAUGUGCCCAUAUUAUCUACUGGACGGGAACGCUCCUCUGCCAGCAGUGUUUGACAGAGUUGGUUGGCAUGUUGCCAGAUAUAUCAUUGCUGUGGGUGCAGUUUGUGGACUGUCAACAAGUCUCUUAGGUGCAAUGUUUCCACUACCCCGUGUGAUAUAUGCUAUAGCCAGUGACGGUCUUAUUUUCAAGUUCCUGGCUACUGUCAGCGAAAGGUUUAAGACACCCCUGAUUGCUACCAUACUAUCUGGUGUCCUUGCUGGUGUGAUGGCAAUGUUGUUUGACCUGAAGGAAUUAGUAGACAUGAUGUCUAUAGGGACCUUGUUAGCUUACACCCUGGUGGCUGUGUCGGUACUUUUGUUACGAUACAGGGUGCACAAUAUAGGAGAAAUAGAUGAAUCGAAGGGAAGUUAUACUCAAGUGCCUCAAAGUGACCUUGAUCAGGAUGAUGGUCAGCUGGAAGGUUUAGAUGAUAGAAACAAGCUUUUACAUAACAGUGAUGAUGAUGAAUUAUCUGUGAUAUCAACUGCAUUUAAUUUUAGAAAUAUAGAUCCCUCUAGUGUUACAGAAAGAACCUCAGCAUAUGCAGUAACAAUAUUUAGUUUUUUGGCUGUGGGUUUUUCAAUAUUUUUGAAGUUUGCAGAGGAUGAUAUAUCAGCUGGUAAAGCCUGGGCUAUUGUUCUCACUGUGAUAAUUUCAUUGGCUAUGCUAAUAUUGUUGAUAUCGUUGUCAUGCCAACCACAAAAUAAAAGUGAAGUAGCAUUUAAGGUACCAUGGUUGCCAUUUUUACCUGGUAUUAGUAUAUUUGUUAAUAUAUUUCUCAUGCUACGUCUACCGGAAGCGACAUGGAUCCGGUUUGCAGUAUGGAUGGCAAUAGGGUUAGCAAUUUAUUUUUUGUAUGGAUACAGUCACAGCAAUCAGGGGCUUAGAAAAUCGGUCACGGACACAUUCCCUGAUUACGAGGUGAAAUAUGAAAAGAAAAGAAGUGCAGGCCAAAAGAUGAAACAAGACGCUGAAAAAAUAACGCUAAUAAAUGAAAGUACAAAUUUGCUUUGAAGUCGUAAGGAAAGUUAUGCUGAUGGCUGGACAAAAACACUUUGAGGACAGAGUGAAAGCAAUGUUGUUUAAUGAGCACACAAAUUUGCUUUGAAAUCCAUUUGUUUACAUUAUACAUGAAAUUAAAUUUAUAGAUAAAAUCUAUGAAAUCUCUAAAUGCUAUUUUACAAAAAACUUUAUGAUAUGCCGCUAUCAUCACUAUGUCACGAAUACAGUAAAGAGACAUGAUAGAAAUAAAAUGUUAUUGUGAUGCUAUGUUUAUUUUUGUGUAAUUGAAAUACUUGAAAGACUUUUCUAUUUGGGACCAAUUUAGGCAGGACUUGCUCAAAAGAAAAAUUCAAGCUAUUGAUACAGUUGUGUCAUCCUGCUACUGUUGCUGUCAUGACCUUGACCUUGAAGGUCAAAUUAAUGAAUUUUGCUUGAUUUUUGCUAUGAUUGGUAAUAACUUUGUUAUUUAUGUACGGAUUUUCUGCAUACUUUGACACAAAAACACUUAAGGCAAGGCCAAAUUGAUUCUGAUCUUCUUAAGAACACUUAUAAUAAAACCGGUUUUUUGAAUAACUCAAAUAUGACAUUGACCUUUAUUUGAUCUUGACUGUCAAGAUUUGUUUAAAAUGUCACUACUUUGUUUUUUAUUUACAUAUACACAUGUAUGAUUCAUAUUUGGAAAAAAAGAGCAAAUAUUACAAAACGGACAUGAUGAUUAAUUCAAAUGUGACAUUGACCUUAAUUGACAUUGAUUGUCAAGGUCAGAUAUGAAAUUUGAAUUUUAUUUGUUAAAUGAAAUAUGUUUUGUAGCAGCACUCUUAACUAUAAUAUUUUUUCUCUGAAGUUUUUGACUUCAGAAAAAAGAAAAUAGACGAGUGUGACCCCAGCUAGGCGGUGGUUCUUGUUAUAAUGUAUUUAUGGUACGCAAACUAGAAUUGUUUAACUUCUUUUAGAAUCAUGUAUAUAAAGUGCCAAUUUAAUUUUGUUUUAAUUGUGACAGAGAGUCAUUGUAAAUGUUUAUCAGUUUAGAUGCAUGAGUUGUUGUACAAGUAAAAAGCGUUUUAAUGUUCAAUUUUUCAAGGUUGUGUAUAUUUGUUCAAAUUUGUGUAAAAAUUGUCAUCAGCAUUUUAAAUUACUGGAGCAUUGUUGCUCAUUUUCAUGCUUUAAGGGGUCAGUAAUUGUGAUGAAUACAGCUUUAUGAAUAAGGUUUUUUUAUGGUUAUGUUUGUUUAUAAGAAUGCAACAGGCUUGCUUCGAGAUUAAUUUAUUACACCAUUAUAUGAAUGCCAUGGGCGUUUGUUAUCGGUUAUUGUUUAUUUUUUGUUAAAAAGUCACCAAAUAAAUUAAAUACA